GCCCCGCGUUGCCGGCCGACCCGGAAGAGCUCGGCUCGGCUCGGCGCGGCCCGGCACGGCCCGGCUCGGCUCGGCUGGGCUCGGCGGCGGAGGCGGAAGAUGGCCGAGUCGCCGGAGGAGGUGGCGGUGCUGGUGCAGCGGGUGGUGAAGGACAUCCGCAACGCCUUCGCGCGGAACCCGCACAUAGAUGAGAUUGGAUUAAUACCCUGUCCUGAAGCCAGAUAUAACCGGAGCCCUAUAGUCCUGGUAGAAAACAAGCUUGGUGUGGAGAGCUGGUGUGUCAAGUUUCUUUUGCCAUAUGUCCACAAUAAACUUCUACUCUACAGACAAAGAAAACAAUGGCUGAACAAAGAUGAGCUGAUAGAUAUCACGUGUACGCUGCUGCUACUGAACCCAGACUUCACCACGGCUUGGAACGUGAGGAAAGAAUUAAUACUAUCUGGCACUUUAAAUCCACUUAAAGAUUUGCAUCUUGGAAAACUGGCGUUAACCAAGUUUCCAAAGAGUCCAGAAACAUGGAUUCAUAGACGAUGGGUGCUGCAACAUCUAAUUCAGGAAAACUCCUUGCCCACUCUUGUGAAUAAAGGAAACUUGGGAGCAGCACCUGUGGAGAGAAUUCAUCGACUAGUGCAGGAGGAAAUGAAUGUCUGCUCUGAAGCUGCUGGGAGAUACCCAAGUAACUACAAUGCCUGGUCCCAUCGCAUCUGGGUUUUACAGCAUGUGGGAAAGCUGACUGUCAAGAUUCUCCUUGAUGAACUUACUUCCACUAAAUAUUGGGUAUCCAUGCAUGUCUCAGACCACAGUGGAUUUCAUUAUCGCCAGUUCUUACUCAAAUCCUUGAUAAGCAGAACUGUGAAUGAUGAUAAUACACUGGUACGAAAUCAAAUGGUAAAUGAGCAAAACCCUAGUCUUCAAAAGGAGGAAGAAGGUGAAGGUGCAGAAGCUGCCUGUGCAGAGGAGCAGAGUGUGGAUAUCCCCCACUAUUUAGAGGAGGAGUUGGAUCUCUGCACUGAUCUGAUUGACACUUACCCAGGGCAUGAAACCUUGUGGUGUCAUAGAAGGCGUGUGUUCUACCUUCAGCACCACCUAGGCAACAGACUUCCUCUUCUGAGUGCGGUUGUGUCAUCUGUGGACAGCAGUGAUGAAGCUUUUCAUAAUUCACACCCCUGUCCUGCAACACGUCACGUGGCACAAGCUAUGGAUGUUGAUGGUUUGAGUGAAUCCAGCAGCAAACAAGGUUAUACUCAAGAAACAAAACGGCUGAAGCGUGGUCCUUUGCAGGACUCUGUUGGGCCAGAAACAGAAUACCGGUUCGUUGAUAAAGUUUUAUCAACUUGCAGAGAUGCGGACCAAGCCAGGUUUGCUACUGCUUAUAGGAAAUGGCUAGUUACUUUUUUAGGUCAGUGAAGGAAGUGUUUAAAGCCUUCAGGGUUGUUCUUUUAGUGCAAUAUUCUUUUUUCAGACACAAACGCAUGUCUUCAUUGCAAGUGUUAGCUAACCAUGUGUUUCUCACUCUUUUAAUGGUCAGUCCUAAAAUUGAUACUCAGAGUAGAAGUUUGUCACUUUAUUUAUUAAAGAACUGGCAUACCUUUUUACUAAGCAAAUACAGUUUGUCGUCCUUUAACCUUUUAAGAAGUCACUCUUUUUCUACCUGUGUGCCAGCUUCCUACCAUGCCAUUGUCUUAUUUUUUAACUUCUGCAUUAAGGUGGACUCUGAAUCAUGUGGCUUUUAAGAAAAAAAAAAAGUCUGCUUUUGAAACAGAGUGUCUGGAAAAAGAAUAAGAGGAUUUGUCAGUACCAGCUUAACCUGUUUCCAGGUUUUUCCUCUCUACUAUACUGGAUCAUGCUAAAACUGUAUUGGAUUCAGACUAUAUUCAGUGAGUGCUAUUACUUUUGUAUUAGCUACCUUUGGCAGAACACCAGACUGCAGUGUUUCUUCCUUGAGGAAAUAAUGGUGUUGGAGUCAUAUCUUUUAUUAUUGUUACUUUUUUCCCCUAUUAGUUGUCACGAGUUUGAUAAGAAAGUAUAUGAAAUUGAAAUUCUGAAAAGCAGAUGCAUGAAAAUGAACUAUUUUCUGUCAAAAGCACACACACACAGUCAGAGCUAUAUUUGGAAAUAUUUUUCAUAGAACAGACUUCUUUACGUUCAUUUCCUACUUUGUAUUUAUUUAUUUAUUUUACCUCAACAAUCCAGAAUUAAUGACACUUGAUAUACAUUUCUGAAUGUAUUACAUACACUACAGAAUAUCAGCCUGCUAAGUCACAAAUUGAUAACUUGUACUUAACCAACACCAUACAAAUCCAAAAGAUGGUGGACUAAAAAGUAAUUCUGCUGACUGGUUGUUGAGACUAUACAAUUCAAAAAAAGACAGCAGGAGGGAGCUGUCUCUUCACUUUUGUUCGUCUGCAGGGCUUCAGUGGUUUGUUUUGUUUCUGUUUGUUGUUUUUUUUUUUUUUUCCCCCUUUGGAACCCUCUUUCAUUGCACUUCUCCAACCAUAGGACCUCUGUUUACAUAACUAUAAAUUUUAAGGGGAUUUGAUAUACAUUUCUGUUCUGGUGGAAUUAAACAUGAAUGGUUUAUUUUGUUGUUUCUUUAGGAGUUGUCUAUAUAAGGGAUUUUUAAGGGGAGAAAUAUUGUACAACUGUAGAGGUUUGUACAAUGGCAACAUUGCCUCUGUUCCAAACAGAGAAUAUUCACUGAGGGUAUUAGAUUUUUUAAGCUAGAGUCUUCGCCAAAAUUGCUGUAUAUUUCUCCUGCCCAAAGUGCCUCCUGACUACAAUAAGUUUUAAGCUGCUGUUUCUGUUGGGCAGAGAGAGAGAGCACGAACGAGGGACUGAAAGAUAGGUAGCCUGCUCAAAAAAGUUAUCACCUGAAAAGAAAAAAGGCACUUGAGAUGUGGAAUUCGAACAGUCCUAAAUAAUUUGGUGGAUAGAGGUUACUCAUGCAUUUCAGAAUAAAAAUUGACCUUGUCUGGUCUUAGAGAGGAUGUUCAUAAUCCAUUUCAGCCACAAAGUAGCAAACGGAGACAUUUCUAAAUAUGUGCUCUUCUGUUUGUAGUACCUAGAUACAUCUGACUCAGGCUUGAGGAUCUGCAUGGCAAAGCUUUGUCUCUGUCAGCCUACACUUUCCUCUGUAAAGGUAGGGAGAUUAUGGCUGUUUGUUUUCAGUUGAUCUGAGAUGCCAUCUUGGUUGAUGGUUUUAGUUGCAGAAUAAUGUAGCUGAUGUGUGAAAGGGGUGUGGGAAUGGCUUGAGAGGAUUAUUAGGUCAUAAGAUGUUUUCUGUGUGACCACUGAAAAGUGGGUACAUUCAGGUACAAACUAGAGUCAACCCAACUCUAGCAAGAAGUUACACCCAUCCCAGAAGAUACAAUAUGUUUUGCAUAUGAAAGGUACACUAAGGCAUGUGCAGUAGCCUGGGUCAGCUUGAUUACAGAUAUCCCAUUAACGACUAGUAUGAACUUGGAAAGUGUGACAUCAUCUGGCAGUCUAUUAAGGACCAUAUUUGUGGUCCUUGGUUAGUUAGACAGUAACUUAGUUGCAUUUUCUUUGUUUACCUUUGCAAAAAUUACCUCCUCAUAAGAAGAACAGAAGCAGACAGAAGACUGAGAAGUGGGAGCAGGAUAAGAAAUGUUUCUGAAACUGUGGGAGGGAAGAAAUGCUCCCUUCUUGCACUGGAGUGAUUGAGGCUUUUAGAGGAACUUGCAAGAUUUAUGCCAGAGCCUGACUUGAAACCCAUACUAUAUUUCUUCCAGACUAUAAUCUGGAGUCUUGGCUUUCUUGGAGCUAAAUCAUGGAAGUACUGUGCUAUUGAAUUUGACAGUCUUCGUGACAUAAACACUUAGGAUCAAACAACUGCCCUCAAAUGAAUGUGUGCAGUUCCUAUUUUUGUCAGCAGGAGUUAUGCAUGCUUGUAUGAAGACAAGAUUUGGUCCUACAUAACUGAAUAGAGUUUCAUUGUGCUUUUGUGCUUGGAAGAUGUUCUGAGAGCUCUGAUUAGAGAUGGUGCUCAUAUUUUAUUACUUGCACAGAACACUGGUGACUGUAGAACGAAUCCAAAGUGUGAAUUUUUAAAACCUAUACCUGAUGGAAAAAUUCCUUUUUUUUUUUUUUUUUAUCCAAUGAGAAUUGCUGCUUUUAGAAAUGUUUUCAGAAUAGACUGCCACACAGAAAAGUAAACAAUGGAAAUGAAUUUGAUUGAAACGAGUCAUGUUUUCCAUUUGGAAAGACAUGCAAACAGUAAGCUGACAAAAAAAAAAAGGCUUUAAUUUUUUUCACUGUAACAAUGUAAGUUAUAGGGAUGAAUAAAAUAGAUAACUAAAUUAUUUCUUGUUGUCAGUGUCUUGAAGCCUCUUACAUGAAAUGAAUGAAGAGAUACUUAAAGCAAAUUGUAUUAAACUCACAAUGAUAUAAUGUUCUGGAACUAUGAUCUUUGGAACACACCUAUUUAGACAUUCAAUAUUAGUUCAGAGUCCCAUAUGGGCAUGACUUACAA